AUGUGUAUAUGGAAUAUGAAGUAUUGUGAAAGUCUUCAAAGCGAACAGUUAAGAGAAAUAUUAGCUGAUAUGGCAGAAAAAUCACCGAGCACUUGGAAAUUAGUGAAAUCUGACAUUGAGGGCCAUGGUAAUAGGAGAAGGACAGAGGACACCCCAGGCUGGUGUGUAUGUGGCCAAUGUAUAGAAAUGGAAGAAGAAAGGGAUCAAGUUUGCUGCCAAAAUAAUAUAAAGAACCAUGAAAAUGCUGAAUUCAGGCAUCUUAUUCUUGAUGACAGGGUUCUAGACCUUGCAAUGCGUGGAAACAGUGAUUGGCUUCAGUACCCAUUUGAUCCUGAAGAAAAUGCUUGCUGGCGAUACACUGCCUAUCGGCAGUACAUAAUGUGGUUUUGGGGACACUUAGGUAGUGGUAAUAGAAAAGUCAUACCCUCUUGCAUUUUACGAAAAAUCAGAGAACGUUUUCCUUCUGUAGAUGGAAUUUACAGAGGUUUUAUGGAUAGGUAUGAGGCUUUACGAUAA